AAUGCGCAAUUCGUACACAAAGGCUAAGAGACACACUACGGAAAUAUUAAUUCAAAGCUCGUUUCGAGAAAAUGCCUUUUCUUGGUAAAGACUGGAGGGGAUCCGGGGAUGAGUGGGUCAGGACUAAGGAAGGAUCGUGGGAAAAACUUAAAAUAUGGCGAGUGAAAGUGUUCGAAAACUUAAAUUCUCAGUAUAUUGCAAGAUUGCUACGCCUGGCCUUGGUAGAGUGGAACGGUUAUUAUGACGACCUUCAAAACGUCCACCGACCCUCAAUCCGAUACCAACGUGCAAUCUCCCGCGAGCAGAUGACGCUUACCACAAUCAGCGAGGCGUUCGUCCACCUGGACAUGGCCACGGCCGGCAGGGAUCUAAAGCGCUUCAACUACGUCUGCAAGCUGUUACGGCUGCUGCUGUGCGAGAAACUGGCGUUCCUGUCUGGGCACGCGCAGAAACACAUGUUUGCGAUCUUGGAGGAAAUGGUCAAUGAUGUUUUACGGUCGCAAAACAACGUCGGGGAAAUGCGGAAGUUGGUCUACUGCGCGGUGCGUGCACUUCACGAGCACAGGUGCGACCACAUUGGCUGUUCUGCUCUUUGGAACGAACAUCUCAAGGCAGCCAACAGAAUGGCCGACAAGCUCCGGAGGUUCCGGGUGAAAGAGCGGAAGUCAGAUGGCUGUAUGACCUUCAACAAUCUCCCGCCAGAAUGCAAGCAGCAGAUCAUGCUGAAGAUUCCUGACCACUCGGAUCUCCUCCGCCUCGGACAGACUGACACACACAACAACGCAAUUACGGACGACACGUUGCUAUGGAAACAGCUCGUGCUCUUCCACUUCACGAGCAGACAGAUCCUCACCUUUCUUAACAAGAACGAGCAGGAAUCAGACAUUGACUGGAAGUACAUCUAUAAGAGAUGUUACCUGCGGUUCGGUAAGAAGGAGGUCUACAGUGAUGUCUUGGCCAUCUGUCGACACUGCAACCACAUCUUCUGGCAGUCUCUGGGUCAUCCAUGUGCCAGUGAACAUCAGCCAAAGAGCAGAAGUCUGAAGCCAGAGGAAUUUCUUGCCCUCUUUCAGUUCUAGGUCAUGGACACAUGUGCAACUUCUCACUCAUCCUGAAAUUGACACUUGACCUUAGCUGGUAGAAGGUCAACCUCCAGGCUGAUAUAUUGAACUGUUUUACCACACGUUUUGCUGCAGAAUGCAAUACAUUCGGAUUGAAACUGCCAAACAUCGAAAUCAUGUUUAAAAAGUUAGUGUUUCAAGAGAAUCUAAUUCAAAGCCAUUUCAUGCUGGUGUACAUCAAAUGUACGGACAUAUAUUUUUUCGACUGUCUCAUGUAUGUAUAUCAAGAAAACUAGCUCAUAGAGUUGUUGAAGUUUAUUGUUAUAUCGGAUAUUAUUUCAAAGAUGUUAAACCUUUCUGUGAUUCAUUAUUUUACAACGUUUUGUUUUAGUCACUGGUGUUUAUUAAUACAAUUAAGUGUUGAAUACCGUAGUCUAGAAUUGUAUAUAGUUAAAACCUGAAUAUAAAGUCAUUGUUUUGCGAGCCUAGAUAUUCCAUUGCUGUAAAUAUGUGCUGCCAUGUGUAUAUUAUGCAGUUGCUACUUUUUGUCCCUAAACUGUUGUACAACAUAAUGACCUCAGUUUUUUGCAUGUUGUUCUGUUGUGUUAAGUGUUACAAUGGAAUAAUGCUGUAUAUUUUAUGCCAAGGCAGUUGUUUAUCUAUUUUAUUUCUGAAAUGCCAAAUUUCGUCCCUAUGAAGGGUUGUUAAAAGAAGUAAAAUGAAGGGUCUUUGUAAAAAAAAUACUUCCUGAACUUAACAACGAGAUCUUUUAGAUAAGGCUAGCCCUGAUAAGCUUGAAAUGUUUUAUUAUACAUCCAACCUGUUAUGUAUGUUUUUCAAAUAUUGAAAUGCUUUACAUCUGCAAUGCAAUGCAAUGCAAUUCAUUCAACAUUCUCAUAUCGGGCAGAUUAUUUUGCCCAUUCCAUCUCAUUUCAAGUCAGUCCUUUGAUGCACAUUUUAUUUCCAGUACAAUGUAUCACAUAAAUCUAUCACAGCCUUUGUGUUAAGUUCUAACAGUGCUUAUCCUCUUUCCCUCUCAUCAUGUUUUUGUAUUUCCAUGACAGAUCAUUUAUUUAUUGUGGCAAUAAAAUAAACAGAAAAUAAAAA